UCUUGCGCUAGAACCAGAAGAAACCCCCCGACCAUUUCCCGGCGCUUUCCCAACGCUAAAACGAGAUGUUCUCCAAAGAGGAAUCGAUCGACCUCCGAGAAAAACUAAUCGGAGAGUCCUGCCAGUUGUUCUUCAGGAAAAACCCUUUGAAAAUCGUAAGGGCCCAAGGGCAGUACAUGUACGAUGAGAAAAACGAUGCCUAUUUGGAUUGCAUCAAUAACGUAGCGCACGUGGGCCAUUGCCAUCCUGCUGUCGUGAAGGCGGGUUGCGAUCAAAUGAGCCUCCUGAACACGAACAAUCGCUUCCUGCACGACAACAUCCUGCUGUGCGCCCGGAAGAUCCUGAACACGUUGCCGGAGAACCUGUCGGUGUGUUAUUUCGUCAAUUCCGGUUCGGAGGCCAACGAUUUGGCCCUCAGGCUGGCCCAAAUCCACACGGGGAACAAAGAUGUUAUCGCCCUCGAACACGCUUACCACGGCCAUUUGACAUCUUUGAUUGAUAUUUCUCACUACAAAUUCGAUCUACCCGGUGGCGUCGGGCAAAAGGAACACGUUCACGUGGCUCCCAUUCCGGACACUUACAGAGGCAAACACCGCGACAGCGACCAUCCCUCCGACCGGCUGGGCCAUCUCUACGCCGAAGAAGUGAAAUAUUUAUGCGAUAAAAUCCGGGAAACAGGCAAAGGAGUUUGCGCCUUCAUCGCCGAGAGCCUCGUCAGCUGCGGGGGGCAGGUAAUACCGCCUCGAGGCUACUUCAACGAGGUCUACGACACCGUCAGGUCCAGCGGGGGAGUCUGCAUAGCCGAUGAGGUCCAAGUGGGUUUCGGACGGAUCGGGAAACACUGGUGGGCUUUCCAGCAGUACGACGUCUAUCCAGACAUCGUCACCAUGGGGAAACCCAUGGGUAACGGGCAUCCAGUCGCUUGCGUGGUCACCACUAAAGAGAUAUCGGACAGUUUCAGUAAAACCGGCGUGGAGUAUUUCAACACCUACGGAGGAAAUCCGGUGUCCUGCGCCAUAGCCAACGCCGUGUUCGACACCAUCGAAGCCGAAAACCUGCGGGAAAACGCCGUGGUGGUGGGCGAAUACCUCCUGGACAACUGCCAGAUGUUGGCGAAGAAGCACAAAGCGAUCGGGGACGUUCGAGGCGUGGGGCUCUUCGUCGGGAUCGAUUUGGUGGCGGAUAGAGAGUCGAGGGAGCCCGACGGGAGAUGCGCGGAGUUCGUGCACAGGAGGAUGCGCGAGGAGCACGUGCUCAUCACCAUCGACGGGCCCCAUUGUAAUAUCAUCAAGUUCAAGCCGCCGAUGGUGUUUACGAAGGAGAACGUGGACGCGGUGGUGAGCACGUUGGAUAGGGUGUUGAAGGAGUACAGGGAGACGUCGGAGUUGUUCGCUGUGAAUACGGCGAAAGCGCCGCCUAGCGGUAAGGCGACGAAGGAGCCGCAACAUAGGCCUAUCAAAUCGAUGUUGGAGAAGCAGAAAAUCAAGUCGAUUUGAGGUUGUUGUUGAGGAUAUAUGCAUAAGUACCUGUUUUAAGUAGUAUUUAUUGAUAAUUUAGGAUGUUUCUAACGUUUUUUUUUUCUAUUUAUGUAUGCAUGAAAGGAUUUAGUCGAGUAGAUUUGUUUCCAUUUUAUGUUCUGUCGGGAAUGUUUUGGUAAUUUUAGUAAUCACUCUGUAAGUGUUUGCGUACAUUUCGUACUACGUCAAUGUUGUAAU